UAUACAAAAAUUUGAACCAUUCAACUAAUUUAUUUAAUUCAAUGGUCAGACAGUGAAUAAAUAAUUAUAUUAGUGGCUCUUUUGAGUUGAAGUUAAAAGUAAAAACAUUUUUAUUUGAGGAGAAAUUCAUUUCCAAUGAAUUGAAAAAUAUUGACCGAGUGAAAGAUCUACAAGGUGUGGUGCCAAAAGAUAAGAAGUUCAAAAAGCACAACAGUCGAAUGAAACCAUGGAUCAGAAUGUUGAACCGGGAACAUCAAGUCAAUCAUCUGCUAGAAAAAGGAAUUCUACUUCUGUUGAUGUUGAGAACGAUAAAAAAAGAUUGAAAUCGGAUGAUAGUUCAGAUACUGAUUCAAAAGGCAAUACUUACUAUCGUAAAGGUGGAUUAGUACACAACUUGCAUGGUCCAAUCUACCAAUUGAAACUGCAAAUGUUAUACUUGAAACGCGCCAUAAAAAUGGAUUAUGAUUUUCAAUUAGGUACAGAAGUUGAGGAUGCUGGAAAAUUUGACGAUUUAGUUUUCAUGUAUAGAAGAAAAGAUGAUGUUGAAGCGAAAAAUAUAAAGUGUUUGCAAGCAAAACAUAAGCAGGAAACAGGUGAAACAAAAAAAAUUACUACUCACAAUUUGCUUACAAAAAACGAUGAUGAUUUUAGUCUACAAAAGUACUUUAUUUCGUAUCGUAAGAUUAAGAAAGAUUCCAUAUUUAAAAGCCACAAAUUGAAAGAAAUUGAAUUGUUGAUCUGUACCAACGCAAACUUUGAUUUCGUUAACUUAGAAAACGCAGGAAUUGAGACAGCGAAGAUUAAAGAAAAAGAUGAAAUUCUAGAUGUAACAAAAUCAGGCGAGUUUUAUAAACUUAUUGUAGAUGACAAGGAACAUGACCUAUAUAAAAUAUUAAGAAAUACAUCCGAUUUACAUAUAUUAGCAAAUGAAUUGAAGGAUACAAUAUCUAAAAAUAAGUUGGAGCUAAGAAGUCAUAUUUUUAAGCUAUACCAUGGUGCACUAAGCAAUGAAGUAUUUGAUAUUAAAGAAAAUGUUGGAAAAAAACCACAAAAAAAAUAUGCCAAGUUUCGUGAUAAUUUUGUGAAGAAUGCGAUAUCUCUAGAAGUCAGAAAUUUUCGAGAUGUUUUGCAAUCGGUUUUCGAACUGGAUGAAGAUCAGUUUAAGCAAAAGCUGCGCCAGACAAAGAUAGCUGUAUCUAAAUAUUUUGGAGAAGUAUUUAAGCCACAAGUUAAUCCAGAAAUUACCGACAUAAAACAAUUUUCCAGUAAAUUUGCUGAAUAUAUUGCUGCAGAUACUCUUAUUACUCAUAAAGCAGAUAUUUUUAAAUAUAACAUUGACAAAUUGGCUGGUCAUAUACUCGUAUCAGUGAAAGACGAAGAAAAAUGUGUAAUACGCUUUAGAGAAGUGUUUUUUGAUGAAGAUCAUAAAUUAGCUGGAAAUUUAGAAAAUUUCAGAGCUGCAUUUAAAAAAGAGCUGGAAAAUAGAAACAUAAACUUUUGUGAACUUAAGCAAUAUGAAUGUAAAAUAAGUGAAUUUAAGACAUGUGAAGAGACGCUUGAUGGCGAACUAUUACUAUCCAAACCUACGCUGCCAAAUGAUAAGAUUGAAGAAAACGAAAUAAAUGAAUUUCUAAACAAGUUAGUUUUUGCCGUCAAUCAACCUAAUGAGGUUAGGCUAGGUAAUAUUAUUGCAAGAAACUUGGGGGAACAUAGUCAAUUUAAUUUACUUAAUUCUGAAUUAGUAGCUGAUUCCUUUCAAACGAAAAUGUUGGACUGGUUUAAAAAGAAACGUAAAGAAAAAGGAAAGGAAGGCAGAUUUCUCGAGGCAAAAGAUGGCAAACAGUUUUUUGAGUCAAUUGAACGGGAAGUUAGUGGUCUAAUAUCUGUGGGCUUGAAUUUAGCGUAUUCCGAGAAACUUGAAAAAUAUAGUAUGAAAUUUGAAAAAAAUAACAUCGUUGAUCUCCUACAAAGUUUUGCCUCUACAGAAAAAAAUGUUUUUCAUCUGCCGUCAGAAGAAACAUUUUUAAGCGCAAUUAAGGUUUAUAAUGCACUAGAACAUCUAAAAGAUAAAGAUGGUUUUGCACAAUAUGAAAGGCACGACGCUUACAUUUUUAUGCGUUUGAGUACGUUACUGCGGCCAAAAACCCAAAAACGUGUAUUAGAAGCAUUAAAAUCUCAAAUUAGUCACAAUUUGUUAAUCAUACACUGUGCAUCUGGUGCUACAGAUGAUGAGAUAUUUGACUUAUAUUGUGAGUUGAUUGAUGCAUUGGAACAAAAUAAGAAAAAUAAGAAAAUUCUUCUGCUCGCUGAGCAAGAUAAUGCUUUAGCUAAGAAAUUUGAAGAUGAUUACAAGUUCACAUAUCCAGUUGAUGACAGUAGUUUUAAUGAUCUUACUGUUGAUUCAAAAGAAAAACUUUCAGAGAAAGAAGUAACUUUUCAAGGAGAAAGGCUAAGCUUACAGCAGUUAGAUGCACAACUAAACAAAUUGAGUAUCGAUACAAAAACAUUAGUCAAGUUAAUUAAGGGCGAGGAAAUCAAUAUAGGUACGAAACUAGAGAAUUUAGGUGAAGUUGAUUAUUAUUAUAUAUAUCGUUGGUUAAGGCCAGCAACCUUUAGCAUGGAAAAGAUUAAAAAAUGCGUUAGAGAAUUUGAUAGCGAUAUAUUUGUUAUUUGUGGUACUGAUAGUGGAUUGGAAGGUAAUAAACACAUUUUCGCAUUUGAUACAGUAGAAUUGGCUGAACAGAAGUUCGAAGAACUACAUGAGGAAAAUACAAAAUUUAACAUUCAUUUGUUACGCAGCCAUCCAGAAAAAUUAGCUUGGUACAAAUCUCACGGUUCUACAACUAAUCUAGCACGAUGUAGAUUAAAAGAUAAAACUGAUAGUAAUAGCCGCCCAUGCUUGAUUGGACAAGAUGAAUUAGUUGACAAAAAAAAUCACCAUGAAAUAGUUAUUAUUUCUGAUACAGCUGGAAUGGGUAAAAGUACAGUACUAACUAGUUUAUCAAUGAAGCUAAAAAAUGAUUUGAGUCUAUGGGUGAUUAGGAUUAAUUUAAAUGAUUACACUGAACUCUUUAAUAAAGUGUUGAACAAUUUGGAAUCAGAAUUCAGUAAUUAUGAUAAAAAUGAAGUGGUGAAUUUUUUAAUAGAUGAUUUAUUAGAAUCACAUAAACAGUCAAAGCUAAAAACAAAUUUCGAAAAAGAAUUAUUUAAAAAUCGGAUUAUUAAUCGCGGGAGAAUGGCAUUUUUAUUUGAUGGAUUUGAUGAGAUUAGUCCAAAGUAUAAAGAUAUAGUAAUCAAAAUAUUGCAAUCAUUACAAAAUUAUAAAGUAGAAAGAUUAUUUAUUACCACUAGACCAAAUAUGAGCAAAGAACUAGAACGAGCAUUAGGAGUAUUCUCUAAUGUAUUGAAGCCAUUAUCACAAGACGAACAAAAUGAUUUUUUGACUAAGUUUUGGACUAAAAAAUUGAAACUAGAGAAUUCAGGUGGAAAAUAUACAGAUCGAUUAAAUACAUAUGCUGAAUCUAUAACGAAACACAUUUCUAAAUCAAUAAAUGAUGAAGAUCGAGAAUUUAUUGGUAUUCCGUUACAAACGAGAAUAAUUGCAGAAAUUUUUCAAGAUGAGAAAGAAAAACAACCAUCAGAAUGGCAAGGCUGUAAAGAAUUUUUGAAAUCAGAAUGCGCUACACCUGUGUUACCAAAGGAUUUUACUUUACUUGAAUUGUAUGAUCGUUUUGUUAGAAGGAAAUUUUAUGAGUUCCACUUGGUAGAAAAGAAAGGUAGAGAUUUCAGUAAAACAGAUGAAGAAGAAUUAGCCGAUCAGAAUUAUAAUAUAUUUAAAAAGAAGUAUGAAUUGUUAGCAUUGCAAGCAUUAUUCAGCGAUGAAGAGUUGGAAGAAUUACUAUCUCAAAACGCUAUUGAAAAACUAAAUGGUUUGAUAGAAGAAGUUAAAAGUGGCAAGCACAAUGAGGGUAUUGUUGAUCAAAUUAUAGAUGAUAAACCACACUUCAUACAUCGAACUUUUGCUGAAUAUUUUACUUCUUUUUCUAUAGCCAAGAAAAUACUUACAGAACCUGCUGAUACACUGAACCUCCAGUGUAUUGAUGAUGUGUUCUUAAAUACAUCCCCAAUAUUCAUUAACAGUAUAAUUGGACAGUUAAAUGGAAGACAAGAAAAAAUUACUUCAGCAUUAAAUAAGCCACUAUUGAAUUUUGUUUCUACAAAAAAGCAUACAAACUUUAUUAAAUCUGUAUUAAAAUAUGGCUAUAGCGAUUGGGCAAAAAAACUUGAUACUUUGGGCAAAACAUUUCUACAUUAUGCUAUUAUCGAUGGUCGUUGCAAAGAUGUCCGAAAACUUUUAGAUUACGCCAAUGACACUUAUGAAAACAGUGUUUUAAAACAUGGUCGGUUUAAGUAUCCCGAAUAUGAAAAUUCUAAAUUGGUCAAGUUUGUAAAUACAAAAGAUAAUACGGACAAGAGUGCCUUGGAUUAUGCCAUGCAAAAAAAUGAUAUUUGUUGUGCUUUCGAUCUAUUAUUGAAAGGCGCCAGUUUAGACUCAUUAAACGAUGAGGAUGUCAAUACUUUAAUAAAAACUAUGCUAUACGGUGAUUAUAGAGAAAAAUACAAAUAUACAGAGAGAAAUCCAAAUAUGAGAUUAUAUAAUGGGGGCAUUUUAGCUGUUUAUGCCAAUCAUGAUAACAAAUAUCGCCCGAUACAAGAAAAAUUACUCUUAAAAAAACCAGAUAUAUUUAAGAAAUUAAAUGAUAAAAAAGAUCAGUCACGAAUACUGUCGUACUUUUUUGUGCAUGGACGUGUUGAAGUCAUCGUAGCUUUAUUAGGAACAAUAUACGAUUCGGAAAAAAGAAAAGAGAUAUUAAACAAUGAUGAUAAUAGUUAUUAUCCUUUAGAUCGUGUUAAUUUAAGUGAACAUCUUAGUGAUGAGCAUAGGUUGACCAUUACAAAAUACCUAUUAGAACACGGUAGUACCACAACAAAUUAUGAUAUUGGUUACAGUUCUUACAAUAAAAGUUUAAAUAAGUAUAUUAUACAGAUUCUACAGGCUGCUGCUGAACAUGGUCAUAUAAAGACUUUUAAGCAUUUUAUAACUAAAGAAAACGUUUCUAACCAUCACUUACAUUUACGUCAGGCUAUAGAUAAUAAUCAGGAAAAUAUUAUCCAAUAUUUGAAGGAAAAUCAUUAUUUUGAAGAAGAUGCAAAUACCAUGCUGCAUACUGCUUGUGAUGCGGGUGCCAACUUGAAAUCGAUCAAGUAUCUAAUUGACAAUGGCGAACUAAUUAAUGAUACAAACAAUAAAGGCGAAACUCCAUUCUUUAUGGCAAUAUAUGCUCGUAGUGAAUUAAAUAUAAUUGAAUAUUUAGUUAAUAAAGGAGCAAACAUCAAUUGGGAAAAUGAGUCUCAUGAAACACCUCUUUCUUGUGCUGUUUUAUCUGAUCAAGUAGAUGUUAUAAAUUACUUACUUAAAAAAGAUGCACGUAUUUCUGAAAAUGCACGUCAGUUAAUGAAGGAUAAGGUUGCAUUUUUCAAAAAUCCCAUUCAAUUUAAUUUAGAUCUUGUUGAAAAUGAUAUGCCUAGGCUACAUAAUGCUAUCAUAUCGAAAAACUUUGAAUGGGUCAAAUUUCUUGUGCGAUACGGUGCUGAUGUUAACAAGGUAGAACAAGGUAGCGGUAGAAUACCAUUACAUUGGGCGUCCGAACUUGGACAAGUUGAAAUUGUAGAAUUUUUGUUACAAUUUGGUGCCUUUUUUGAUAAAACAGACAGAAACGAUAGAACACCGAGUAUGCUACGUAAUUCAAAACAUAAAUCAUCUAGUGAUAAAAUAGUUUGGCUACUGGAUGUUCUGAAUGUAUUAUUCAGUAGUCAAAAUUUGAUGCAAGAUUUGAAUAAUCAGUUAUUGAAAUGUAGUAUGAAUCAUGAUAUCCAUAAAUGGGGUCCAUAUGGAUCUGGUCGUGCAGAUGCAUAUGAUGGUAACAAUCCUAUGUUAUUUAUUCUUAAUGCGCGCAAUGCUGCAGGGAAGACUUUGUUGCAUAUAGCAGCUGAAACGAAUGAUGAACAGGCAAUCAAAAUUUUAUUGAAACAUAAUCAUGAUUAUCUUGAACGAAGAAAAGAGUCUUUGCGAUAUCCACGUUACCGAGACUAUCAAGGUAUAUCUAUUGAUGCAAUAGAUUCUCAGAAAAAUGCACCAAUACAUUUGGCAGCACAAAACGGUCAUGAACAAAUUGUUUCUUUACUUUUACAAAAAGGAGCCAUUUUCAAUAAAGAGAAUUUGCAAGGUGAAACCCCCGAAGUAGUUGCCACACAAAAUGGGCAUAACAAUAUUGUUGAAUUGUUUCAAGCAGUUAAAAAUCUAUUUAUUGCUAUAGAACAAAGGAAUACAUCAGAGGUUGAAAAUUUUAUUAAGGAAGGUGUAAAUAUUAAUGUAAAGAAUCAAGAUGGUUAUACACCAUUACAUGUAGUGGCUUCUGUUGAUCAGCUUGAUGUUGUACAAUUUUUAUUAGAUAAUAAUGCAGAUGUUGAAGCUAUUGAUUUCAAUAAAAAUACACCCAUACAUAUUGCUGUUAAAAACAAUAAAAUUGAAAAUGUUAAAUUGUUAUUAAAUUAUGGUGCUAGUUUUAAUGCAAAAAAUUCAGACGAUAAGAUGCCGUUGCACUUGGCACAUGAUCAAACCUAUGAACUACUGAAACAAAUUGAUACAUUAUUUAAGGAAAUACAAAGUGAUAAUCCUCAAUUAAGGAUUGAUAAUUUAAAAAUGAAAGGCACAAAUUAUGAAUUAGACAUCAAUACCAUUAUUAAUACUCGUGACAAUCAACAUAAUACACUUUUACAUUAUGCUAGUAGGGUAGGUGAGUUUAAUAUUGUUAAAUGGUUAUUAGAAAAUGGUGCUAUUUAUAAUGCUCCAAAUAAAUUCGAGAAAGUUCCAAAAGAUUUCGCUAAAAACCAAGAUAUUAUUACAAUACUAGAGGCGAUAGAUAACAUGUUUGGAAAUAUUCAGAACAUCUACAAAGAACAACAAAAAGUUAGCAUUAAGAUUAUUACAAAUGUUCGUAAUUCUUCUGAAGAAGGACUAUUAAGUCAAGUUGCCCUAUAUGGUGGUGAUUUGGAGAUGGUUAAAUUUCUAGUGGAGAAAGGGCUAGAUGUUAAUAUGGUAGAUAUUCAAGAAUUUCGAAAAUCUGAAGACAUCGUUGCUUAUCUAGAAGCAAAAAAAGGACACGCUGUUGCCUCCACAAGUAGACAUCCCGCUGCACAAUAGGAAACCAGCAAUUUAAAGCAUAGCACAAAUAGAAAUAAAAUAUUUCGUUCCUGAUAAGAAGUAUGAGAAGUAUGAGUCCAUAAAUCAAAAUAAUUCAUCUAAAAGAAGUACCAGGAAAAAUACACAAACUCUUGCAAGUUGCAACACAUCAAGUUGCUCAGCUUAAAAGCCGAAUUGCUGCGAAAACAAGAAGAAGUAAAUCGUAUAAAAAAAUCUCCCACCGUCACUAGUACAUCGGAUCCAUUCUCUGGGUUCAUUCCAAAG